ACACUGUGACGAGCAGCGGAGAAACUUGCGCGUUUGUUCGCACUGGAGAGGUUUGAAACGCCAACAAUGACAUCUGGUUGCGCCGGCGGACUUUUCGCACGCGUUCAGCAUGGCGCCGUCUGCUGUGUGUCGGCACGUCCUUUCCUGAUGUGAAGUUGUCGGUUUGUCGAUCGUUUGUGCUCUUGAGUGAGCGUUGAAAAUUCACGUCUGUAUGAUAGCGCAUUUUGAGAGGACCGAACAUCUUUGAAGGUAGAAGAAAAAUAAGCGAGAUCUUUAUGGCGAGUGUUCUACUACGGAACAUAGCGAGUGUGAGGUUAGGCAGGUAUCUGAGAAACACCCGGAUAAUCGUAGAAUCGAACGAGAGACACAUAAUGACGAGCCGAACGAGGCUGGAAAAAGUCCUGGAGGAGUUGCAGAAGAAUCCCUAUUAUGACAAGUACGCCGGGAAGAUCGCGAAGCUGCAGCAAACGAGUCCGGAGGAAUUUCUGCAGCGCGUCGAGCAGCAGAAGAAAGUUCUCGAAAAGAAAGUUGAGCACGUAAUGAGCUCACGGUACGAGCCCUCGAAAUCCUCGAUAUUUCCGUUCCUGUUCAGAAACAUACGGCGGUCGACGUGGGGUCAAACAGUCAGGAGGCAAUACGUCCGAGAUCUGUCUCAGAAUAAGUGUAUCACCACGCCUAUCUUUUACGUGAACGCUGGACCUCACAUCGGGCAUUUGUACAGUGCGGUUUUGGCGGAUGCCAUAGCUCGAUACCAUGCCAUGCUGGGCCACAGAACAUUCCUGAUCACUGGCACCGACGAGCACGGCAACAAGAUCAAAGCCGCCGCAGCCGCAGCCGGUCUACCGAAUCUCGAGUACUGCACGAAAGUCUCGCAGCAGUUCAGGGAAUUGUGCGAUAGGUUUGAAGUGGAUUACUCGCGUUUUAUUAGAACCACAGAAAAGCAACACUGUGAUGCGGUGCAUCACUUUUGGAAACGCUUAGAAGAAAGGGGACAUAUCUAUCUGGGAAAGUACGCGGGAUGGUAUUGCGUAUCGGACGAGGCGUUCCUGUCCGACGCGGAGUUGGUAGAACAGAAAGACUCAACCGGUGAGACGAUAAAAGUCUCCGCGGAGUCAGGGAAUACGGUAGAAUGGACGGAGGAGGAGAAUUACAAGUUCCGACUUAGCGCGCUUCAAGAUGAUCUCAAGUACUGGCUCAAAGAUGAGAACACAGUUCGGCCAGCGUUAUACCACAAAAUCUUGUCCGAAUGGGUGGAGGAAGGCACAUGUUUGCGAGAUUUGAGUAUUUCUAGAACGAGAAACAAGGUGCCGUGGGCGAUGCUAUCGCCGUGCAACGAGUCGCACUCGAUUUACGUGUGGAUGGACGCCUUGGUGAAUUAUUUAACGGCUUUGGGAUAUCCAAAUGAGUCGUUUAAGGAGUUUUGGCCGCCCGCUGUACAGGUAAUCGGAAAAGACAUACUGAAGUUCCACGGCGUCUAUUGGCCGGCAUUCUUAAUAGCGGCGGGUCUUGAGCCUCCGAAGACGCUGCUCUGUCACGCUCACUGGAUUGUCGAUCACCAGAAAAUGUCGAAAUCGAAAGGAAACGUGAUAUCGCCGUUUGAAGCGGCGAAUGAUUACUCGGAAGACGGGCUGCGAUAUUUCAUUCUGAGAGAGGCAGUGCCGCAAAACGACACGAAUUACAGUUCAACAAAAAUCACGAACGUAUUGAACUCCGAAUUGGCUGAUACACUGGGCAAUUUGGUAAGUCGUUGCGCGGGCAAAACGGUCAAUCCGUCGAGAGAGUUUCCCGAUCCGGCAAAAUAUUGGAACGUGCUACAGUCUGAAGUAGCGAAUGAAACGCGGGAGGCCCUGCAGUCCCUCGGUGAAAAAACACGCAAGAGCUACGAAGAGUACAAUUUGCACCACGUCGUGGACGCGGUCAUGAGUGCACUCCAUUCCGCGAAUAAAAUGGUGGCGCAUCACGAGCCGUGGCAUCUGAGAAAACGGGUCGACGACACGGAUUCGAUGAGGGAACUCAAAGCUGUGAUAUCGCUCGCUUUGGAAAGUAGCAGAAUAGCUGCCCUGAUAUUGCAGCCGAUCGUACCGAGACUGAGCAGCAGUCUGCUCGAUUUCCUAAAUAUCUCGAAGGAAAAUCGUACGUGGGCGGACACCGCGCCCGAGUACUUCAACGGUAACGGUACGAAGAAGAAAUGCAUUGAGCGUAAUAAUAUAAUAUUAUUUAAGAAGAUCAGAAAUCAAUAAAAAAUAUACUCAGAG